UUCAAAAAAACAACAUUAGCAUAAAUUUGUAUGUUGUAAACACAGGGUCACGCAAAACUCCACUCGAGUUUAGUUUGGGGUCAGUUGCGCAAACCUUGUCGGUAGGGCUAGAGUUCUCCCUCGACAUUUUCAUCGCAUUUCAGUUUUCCUUUGCAACCAGAAUGGUUCGUCGCGAUCUACCGGGAGCAUUUUUGCUUCCUCUGGUGUGCAUCAUAGCCAUCUUUCACAUUGAUCAGGUGAAGACAGAAGUUCGUUUGCCCUGUGGCAUGGUUAAAGACUGGUUGCCCAGUGGUACAAAGCCUCAGAAUUCACAGCCCCCUUAUUUGCUGAAUAUAACUGAUCCGGAUGGGCGGUCGGUUUACGAUGACCUCUACAUGGGUGAACCUCAUUAUGGACCAGGGCAGACGACAUACACAAUAACGCUGAAUGGAACUCGCUCUGGUAAUAUGACACAGAAUUUCACGGGCUUCAUGCUUUAUGCCUACAAUGAGUUCGAUGACGAGGACAGUGGGGACUUUUUGUCCCCGCUACCUGCUGGAGUGUCCAAGAGGGAGUGUCACUUCAAUGACACGAGACAAUUUAUCGAGGUGCUUGAAAACUCAACAAACAGCAUGUACUGGCAUAGCAUUCAGAUCAAAUGGAGGUCGCCUAAGAAAAGUAUAUCUGGAAAAAUCACCAUAAGCGCCAGCGUGGUUAAGGAGGAUGGAAUUUUUUGGGAUGGAAUCAGUGUGACCCUUAACCAUGCUUGCCCAAUGCCAGGCUGUUAUCUUCCUGACGGUUGCCCCAAUGGUCUCGCUAGAAACAAAUAUGGAUGUACUAUUUGCGAAUGUGCAGGAGCUUCAAGUGUCACUGUUGGAUUCCUCAGCCUUGCGGUUAUCAUGUUCAGCGCCCUCAAAAAUUGGAUUUAAAAAACACGUUUUGAGCCGUUUUUCUUUUUGUAAUGUAUUGUUUGUUCGCUUUCGGCUUUUUUUACUUGUACUAGUUCAAGUAUAAAUUUGUCGCAUAUAUAGUGUGAGUGCAGUAAACCGUGGAAUCGAUUCACGCAAAAAAAUACCAGGAAAUUUGUCUGGACCAAUCACAGCGUAAUGAAACAAAGCCACUGAAAUCCUGGAUGACGUCGAUAUUUAUUUGGAAAUUCAGUAACUCA